AUGACCAAGCCCGCACUUUUCCAGCCCAUCAAGGCCGGUUCGCUUGCCCUCAAGCACCGCGUCGUCCUCGCUCCUCUCACGCGAUUGCGGGCGGAUCUUGACACGGCGGUGCCCUUUGACCCGAGCACCGAGUACUAUGCCCAGCGUGCAACCGACGGCGGCCUGCUCAUCACCGAGGGCACCUUGAUUGCUGCCGAAGCUGGUGGUAUGGCUGGAGCUCCUGGAAUCUACUCGCCCCAACAGAUUGCAAAGUGGAAGCAGACGACCGACGCUGUGCACAAGAAGGGUGGUCGCAUUUUCUGCCAGCUUUGGGCCUUUGGCCGUCUGGCCGACCCCAAGCUCGUGCCCACCGUCUGGACAGUGGAUGCCAACAAGCCAUUCGCCUACUUUGAGACUCCGACGCCUGUGACGGAGCUCGCCGCGGCCGACAUUGACAGGUUUGUGGGCUACUACCGUCAGGCAGCUUUGAACGCUAUUGAAGCUGGCUUUGACGGCAUCGAGAUUCACGGCGCGAAUGGAUAUCUCGUCGACCAGUUCCUCCAGCCGGUAUCCAAUGGCCGCACCGACGAGUACGGCGGCAGUGUUGAGAACCGCCUCCGCUUCCCCCUUCGCGUCCUCAACGCCGUGUCCGAGGCGAUCGGCCCGGAGCGCGUCGCCGUGCGCGCGUCGCCUUUUGGUGACUUUGGGGGCAUGCGUGGCGACUUUAACCCUCUCGACACGUUCAUUCCGUGGUUCAAGGCCAUUGUUGCUGCGCAGCCCAAGCUUGCCUACGUCCACGCCAUGGCCCCGCGUGUGAGCGGCGCCGAUGAUCAGGACAAGUCGCUGGUGGACAAGCGCGGCGACUCGCUUGACCCGCUUCGUGAGAUUGUGCAGGGUGCGGGUAUUGCCUUUAUCUCGGCUGGUGGAUCUACUCCUGCCUCGGCGCUGGCAGAGGCUGAGAAGGAUGGCAACCUCGUUGCCUUUGGCCGCCACUUUCUCGCCAACCCCGACCUGCCCGCUCGCAUCGAGAACGGCUGGCCGCUGAACCCGUACAACCGCAAGACGUUUUACACUCGCGGCGCUGAGGGUUACGCCGACUACCCGUUCUACAAGGCGCCAAACUAG